CCCGCUUUGUCCGUGCAAGAUCUCCGUGAAAUUCCAGGGUUGAAUGCCAGGGCUGACGCUCAACUUCAAAAGCUUGGCCUUUCCGACUCGUCUAGUGACUCGGAUGAGUCCGCAGAUGACGGGGAGGGCAAUCAUAACCGUCGUGAACGGUCGAAACGAGGUAAGAAGCUACGUUCUGGGAAGACGGCUAAAUUAACCAGUAAAGUUCUUCACCCUCAAAUUUGGCCGCACAGCGAAUUGAGCUUCCUGUACGUAUCCAAGGAAGUCACUUACGAUAAUUUAACUCUUGCGGAAUUUGCCGCAGGCUACACGUCGAUCCUUCGCCUUCCGAAACUGAGUGCACCGGAACGGACGGCGCGCAUUGAGCACUUCGCCACCCUGAUGUAUUUACCGACACAGUUUCCUUGGCCGUUGGUUCGUUCUCUUCAUGCGGCAGCUCUGUUUGAAAUUGAAUGUGGCCGAUUACGUUGGGGCGACUCCUUUUCUCAUCUUGAAGGUCGUUUGCUGCAUGGUCCUUCCAAUCAAUCUCGCUCUUCUACUGCCACGACACCAAAGCCGGCUGUUCAGUUCUGUAAAGCUUACUAGAGUGGCAAGUGUUCCUUCACCAAGGAUCAUUUUGGCCUUAUAAAGAAUGA